UACGUUUGAGCACUAACGUUUAUUAUAUAAAGUCAGUCAGAAAGUGUCAGUCAAUUUUUUUGUCUAGCUUUUUAAUCUAAGUAUCGAAAUGAGUGCGGAUGCUUCUAAAAUAUCAAUGGACGACCCCUCAGAGUUUCGUCCGGAAUUCAAGAAUAAAACGGAAUUUAGAGAUUUCAACAUACACACAGUGCCUGGAUAGAGUUAAGAAGGUUUAUCAGGCUAUGCACAAGAAUCAGACGCUGCAGUUUGUAAAAGAUAAGAUGGAAAAGUGGUGUAAAUUCGACCACGCAGAGAUGUCGGUUUUGGAGGCCUUAGAAACACUUAGCACUUUUCUCGAUGAAUGUGACCCAGAUGUGGAUAUUCCGAACGCGAUGCACGGGUUUCAAACAGCUGAAGGUAUUCGCAAGGCUCACCCUGACAAAGAGUGGUUUCAAGUUGCCGGUUUGAUUCAUGAUAUCGGCAAGCUGAUGGCAGUGUGGGGAGAGCCACAAUGGUGCGUUGUUGGCGACACCUUCCCUGUUGGUUGUGCCCCGAGCAAACAUAUCGUGUUUGACGCACAGUUUUUUGCAGAGAAUCCAGAUAUGAAGGAUGCCAAGUUAAACACCAAACUUGGAAUCUACACUGAGAACUGUGGUCUUGAGAACGUGAUUAUGAGUUGGGGGCAUGAUGAGUAUUUGUACAAGGUUCUCAAGGCAAACACGUGUCAUCUCCCUGACGAGGCUUUAUACGCCAUCAGGUUUCACUCAUUCUAUCCGUGGCAUAUGAGCGGGGACUACAACUAUUUGUGCAACAACAAAGAUUUGGAGAUGCUUCAAUGGGUCAAGGAGUUCAACAAGUUUGACCUUUACACCAAGUGCCCGGAUAUUCCAGAUAUAGAUUCCCUCAUUCCGUAUUAUAGCAAACUUAUCGAGAAAUACGUGCCCGGAAAAUUGAAGUGGUAGAAUUCGUUUGUAUCAUGAACAUUGUGCAUGUACUAACGAUCUGUACAUAUUAUAUGUCGUAGUUAUGUUUCUUUUGUUUUACGUAUCAUAUAUAUACGAGGGGUGAUCCAAAAGGAAUAUCACUGGAGCCAUCAAAAUGUGUAUGAUGAUAAGAAAACAAUACAAAUUCCUACCCAAGUUCCUUGAUCAAUUUGCGACAUUUUUUGAAAAUAUCAGAAAAUGUUUUGCUUACUUCUCGAAAUAUCGACAUGCACAGAAAGCAUGGUAACGAAGACCGCCGCACGUCAACGACGUUUUUGACGUCAGAAAUUGAUAGAUAAGCAAUAACAAGUCUAAGCACUACAUAACAAACUUGAAUCCGCGAGGAUGCCACUAUAGAUCUCACGGCUGACUGCUAAAAGACGUAACUACACACCGUUAUAAUUUCAUAUGAGUAGGUGUCUUGUUCUGGUGUAAAUUGGUGAGUGUCCUUGUUUUUUGUUUUGAUUGUUUAUGAAAGAUAUGCUAUUUUUAUAGUAGUCGCAACUUGACCGCGAUGGUUGACCUUAGGCUGAUUAUUCAUAUCAUAUAAGUUAUUUCACUAUAGAAAUCAAGGGUGCUUAGGGUAGCCAUGUAUAUUUAUAUGGAAUUAGUUUGUAUACAGUGCAGUAUCAAAGUAUAUAUACUUACAUUUGAUCAAUUAAAACUUUCCAAUACACUAAUUUAUAUUUACACAAAAUUAUAUUUCCUUUUUCUCGUGCAGCUCGUGUUUUACGUAUACUCCUUUUCAGUAAUAGGUUGUGCCUCAUUAUGUAUUAUAAUGCAAAGGUCAACCAUCGGGGUAAAGAGUUGCGUCCACUAUACGUGCGGCAAAAUGUCGUCAAGGGUGAACCUUGAGGUUUUGUAUACCUAAAACGAAACAAUCCAAGAAAAUAAUAUUUAUCCAUGUGAUUAAAAUGGCAAAAGCUUACAUCUUGAUCUAAUUUUUAUAAUAAUACAACGAUGAAUAAAUCCAUAUUGGACGAAGUUACAUUAAUACUGGAUCAACCCUCGUAUAACCUGUAAUAUCCUAUUGUCUUUGUUGUAAUAAUUGUUGCUUUGGGGAUGGAUAAACUGUGUCACUUUAGUGUGUAAUGCUUUGAAAAGACAACAGAAAUAAAAACUUUAAAUCAG